CGAUCGUUUUGCGCAUGCGUCAAACCCCAGUUGCGUCCAGCCGUCUGUCCUGUCGAUCCUUUGCGAAGAUUAAUAUUAACAACAAAAUGCCGUUCAGACAAGUUUUAGUUAUGGAGGACGAGCUAUCAAAUGAUGUGGACGCUGUGGAAUAUAUCGACAGCAACGAUGAAGACGAACAAGCUGGUGAAACUCGACCAAUCAUGUUGCUGCUGCGCCGUCUCAUCCGCAACAAACAAAACACAGUAAUGACAAACGCACAGAUAUUAGACAUCCUACACAGCGAGUUUGACAUCUGCAUAAAAUCCAGCCACGAACUAGAAAUCAACAUCUACAUUAAAAUAAUCAAACGAUACCUCAAAGAUUGGCCGCAGUGGGAGGAACUCGAACGUAUUUCUACAAAGUUAAGCAACUGCAAAGAUUUCGAAGCCAUAACGAAAGUUUUAAACCAUAAGUAUAAGAAUUUAAAGGAGUAUCUAGGCGUUAUGCUCGAAGUAGCUAAGCCUUUAGCUAAGAAAGCUGUGGAGGACAUGGAAGCAAGUACGCAGGAGUCAAACGAAGUUGUAGUAUCCGAUGACAGUGAUGAUAACCCACAAAUUAAAAUGGAGUUACAAUGUUCAAGAGAACAAUUGAACCAUCUAUUCCUAAGACAUCCGGAUUUAGAUGUUCAUAAAACCAUUUUUAACCUCGUUCCUACCCCCAGACGCAUUAGAUUAGGAGCGCUAAAUUUUACAGACAUCAUAAAAGGAUGGUCUGUCAAAUUUGCCAUAAAUCUACCAUUCUUAGUCCUGUACCGAGAAACCGUAUUCAAAUUGAAACAUGCUUUAGUGAAUAAAGCGAGGAAAGGUGAGAGGAAGUAUAAAGAUAACAGACUUACGGACGCUGUACAAGAAAUGACAACGAAGAAAACUGUGUCUGUAACGAAACAACAAGUGAUACAAACUUUAGAUGAUAUUGCAACAGCUUGCAGUGUAAACACGGAGGCGUUUGUGAUUUUACCCUCUAUAUUUGAGUUAUUGAAAAUGGAGGUUGACAAAUUAGUUGAUACAUUUAAUGUCCCAUCUAGUUAUCGGUGCUUUGGGAGUAGAUAUAAGUAUGUCAGAUAUUUGUACACGGAUGAGGGGGAGAAUACAGGAGUGUAUGAUCUACAGCUAGAAGAGAUGAUGAGUCCUAUUUAUGUGUACAAUAUACACAUUGCACGGGGAGAUUACCAGCCGAUCUUAUUGCCUCCGUUAGCGGAGUGGUUUAAAAUGGAGUGUGGGGUCUGUAACUAUAAGUCCGUUGGCAGUACGGUGAUAGAAAUGAAAGAAAGGUUUGUUGGCCAUGUCAAAGACCAUAUUGGCGAUGAACCUGAUUGGCAAUGUACCAAUUGUUUACAAACAUACAGUUUGAAAUAUUUAACGAUGAAUCGGUGGUUCCAUAAUUGUCAUGUGCCAAGUUCUAACUUGGAUUUUUAAGGGAUGUACAUAAUUAUAUGAGGAUUAAACUCUUUUAUUUUGUUAA